AUGACAAGAAAAUGUACAAAAUGCGACAAGAUUAUUUUUAAUAGACAGUUUUUGAAAUGUUCUAACUGUAAAAAUUUGAAUCAUCUCACUUGCACGAAUAUCUCAGAGAAAUUGUUUUAUUUAAUGAAACAGAAGGAAAGUCAUAACUGGAACUGUGAAAAUUGCAAAAUUAAAUGUCAAAUUACGAAUAACCCAUCAACAUCAGCUGAAAUACAGGCAAGUAAUACAUCUACACCACAAGGCUUUGCUACACGCCGGAGUAAAAAUAAUGUAAACAUUACAAAUGCAAACUCUUUUGCAUCUCUCUACUCUGAGGUUUCGGAAGAUGAUGAUUUCUCUGUUUCCAAAACACCGAAUUUAAACAGAAGCUGUCCCGAAGAAGGUCUUGUUAUGAACGAGGUUUUGGAUGACCUCAAAAUAAAAAUAGCUAACUUAGAAAAUAAACUCCAAAUAGCCGAAACAGAAAUAGAAAAUUUAUUGUUGGAAAAUAGCUCUCUAAAAAGACAAAUUUUAAACUAUGAAAAAAAGACGAAACAACUGACACACAUAUGUCAAACAACGCCGGUAAGAAGUGCUAGUUUAAGAGGACGCAAGAGCCUAAAUAAAAAUAAAUUUGAUUUCACUUGCUUAGACCAAACAAAAGAUGAAUUUGUUACUCAACCACAUAAUGAAUCAGAUGAAAAUAAAUCAUCCAGCCCAAAAAAGACACCGGAGAAUGUAAGAAAUGGGGAUAAUACUACUAAAUUGCCUGCACAGGAAAGAAAAGACUCCACUGACAAUACUAUAACAAAUGAGACGAAAAAAAAGCUGCAAGACGUCCGUGGGUUCAACAUGUUGAAAUUAGGAUUUAAUUUAACAAGACACGCAGGAGUAAUUUUGAAACGCAUGAUGUCAACUCAGGAACAAGAAGUCUUAUUUGAGACCGUAAACAAUGCUGGCAUUAUCACAUUAAACAGACCAAAAGUAUUAAAUACACUAAAUGAAAACAUGGCCUGUAUGAUUCUAGCAAAACUUCAAGAAUGGGAGAAAAGCAAAAACUUGGUUAUUAUAAAGGGAUCAGGUGACAAGGCAUUCUGUGCUGGUGGGGAUGUUAAAGCAGCUAUAGACAAAGUAAAGGGCCCAAGAUUUUUUCAUGUAGAAUACAAUGUUAACUAUUUAAUAGGAAAAUAUAAAAUUCCAUACAUUGCAUUUAUUAAUGGUAUCACUAUGGGUGGAGGUGUGGGACUUUCCAUUCAUGGGAGGUACAGAAUCGCAACAGAGAAAACUGUGUUCGCAAUGCCAGAGACAAAAAUAGGUAUAUUCCCAGAUAUAGGUGGUUCAUAUUUCUUAUCAAGAAUGCAGGUCAAUUUGGGAUUGUACUUGGGUCUAACAGGUGAAAGAUUAAAAGCAAAGGAUGUUGUAAAAGCUGGAAUUGCGACUCAUUUUGUACCCAGCAGCCGUUUGUAUGAACUGGAGAAACUACUUUCCCGUUGCAAUAACGACGUAGAAAUACGUGCGCUACUAAACAAAUUUAAUGAACCAUCGGAGGAGUUUUCGUUAGCAUCUAAUAUUAAACAUAUUAAUUACUGUUUUGCGGCUUCUUCCAUUGAAGAAAUCAUAGAAAGGCUUGAGAAGGUUAAUAAUGACUGGUCCGCUAAAACUCUUCAGACUCUUGGUCAGUUGUGCCCUGGCUCGCUGAAGUUAACGCUGCGUGCUCUUCAACGUGGUGCCCAGCUGGACCUGCCGCAGUGCCUGCGCAUGGAGUACCGCAUGAUUUGCCGCGCAACGCAAUCCCACGAUUUCCCUGAAGGAGUGCGGGCUCUCCUCAUCGAUAAAGACAAUAACCCUCAGUGGAACCCAAAGACCCUGGCUGAAGUGACUGAAGAAUAUGUAGAGAAUUUUUUCAAAAAGCUGCCCGAAGAUCAAGAGCUGAAGUUUUUCGAUUCCAACCUGUAA